CCGCUCGCUGGCGGGGAGGGCGAUGCCUUCUGAGCGCGAGCUGCCGCAGGGAGGAGAGGUCCUUUCUGCGGCCGGGAGGGGCAGAGCCCCGCGGGCGGCGGCGGCGGCGGCAGAAGCAGAAGCAGCUGCACAAGCCGGGUGCGACUGAAGAAAGAGGCAGGCGAGCGCAGGAGGACGGAGAAGCACCAUGCCGCCCUUCUUCCCGCGCUGGGCGCCGAGGCUGCUCCUGCUGGCCUGCGGUUCUUUGUGCAUCUACUGUGCAGUUUCAGAAGAUCCUGGUACUGAAGGUCUGACUUCAACCUCCUUCGUGGAUUUCUCAGCAAUGUCUCACUUAGAGUCUCUAGAUACCAGCGAACAGCCAAACUUGGAGGUUUCAGAACCAGACUUUGUCCCCAAUGCCCUGCUAGCCUCACCUGGUUCGGGCUUUUCCAGCGAGGAGAAUGAAGAUUCCAAGAUCCUUCAGUCCCAGUAUAUUUGGGAUGAUGGCGGAGACAUAAAUGAUUCCAGCUUGUAUGUGGGACAGUCAUCAGAUUACAGUUUUCCACUAGCCUCCCAGAAGGCCCUGCCUAAACGAAAUGGGACACAAGCUAAAAAUCCUUGGGAAAUAUCCACUCUCCAUCAGCCAUCUGAUUCCCUUGAACCUGACUCUGAAGCUCCUUCCACCAGUGUCCUUGAGGAAGAGGAAGGAUUACUUCCUAUAAACCAGUCAAAGGGACCUCUUCAGAGCAGCCAAACACCAGAGGCUUUUCCUGAAGCACCUAGCCAGGACUCAUUGUUCUCAAUUCUUUUCUCCACAACAACCAGCAGAAUGGGUCCAAUGACUGAAACAGCUGCAGACAGGCAAGAGGAAGAAUCUGCUCCUGAACAUGUUUCCUCAGGCUUUGAUCUAGGGAGCAGUAUGGGACCCAGCCUCUUGCCUCUGUCCCCCAUUUUGUCAGCCACUCCGAAAGGACCUCAGCUUGUCUCAGAGGUUCCUGUUGAGGUUUCUUCAGAAGGUACAGUAAGAGGAGGGGGGGAACUCAGAGAACCCGUAGCAACAAUAGGUACAGUGGGAGGUGAUGUAAAAGAAGUGGAAACCACAAGAGGGGAGAGGCAAAAGCCCAUAUCAGGAGCUGAAAUGGGACAAAGAGAUUCCACAGAAGGGACAGUGGCCACAGAAAUGGCUACAGCGGAGAAGACAGGAGAUGAUUUUCUAAGAGCAGGAUCACAUGGGGACAGCACUCUUGUUGCUGAGACGUUUCCUAGGUCUUCUAGCAGCCCAUCCAACCCCAGCUCUUCAGUGGGUUUCUGGGACUGGACUGAUAACCCAGCUCCUACUUCCACUCCCAAUCAGAAUAGAACAAAGCUGCCAGUCGCAGCAACUACUGCAGCAGAACGGAGCUUUGCACUGCAAACUGAAGAUGUCCGCACGGCUGUGCUGUCCACAGGAGUGCCUUGGAGUUUGACACAGGUGACCUGCAAGGACUGGAGCAACCUGGCAGGCAAAAAUUACAUAAUCUUGAACAUGUCUGACAACAUUGACUGCGAGGACUUCCGUGUGGAGAGGGGCCUUCAGUUGCUGGCACUGGUGGAUGAUGCUUUCUCCAGGUAUGAAAAUGGAUUGCAGAGCCAAUGGUUGAUCUCCUUAAGCAAACCCAAUGAGAACGACAAACAUCUGCUAAUGACCUUGGCUGGAGAACAUGGAGUUGUCCCAACAAAUGAUGUUCUCCUGGCACUAGGUGACAUGCGGAGGAGCUUAGCUGAGAUUGGAAUUCAGAACUACACAACUACAUCAAGUUGCCAGUCACGUCCCAGUCAGACCCAUAGUGACUAUGGAAAGCUUUUUGUGGUGCUGGUCAUUAUUGGCUCAAUCUGUGUCAUCAUCAUUAUAACAGGACUGAUUUACAACUGCUGGCAGAGGCGCUUGCCCAAAAUGAAGAACAUGUCACAUGGGGAGGAGCUACGGUUUGUCGAGAACGGCUGCCAUGACAAUCCGACCUUGGAUGUAGCCAGCGACAGCCAAUCAGAAAUGCAAGAAAAGAAGCCAAGUGUGAAUGGUGGGGGAGCUGUUAAUGGACCUGAGAGCUGGGAUGUCCUCAUUAACAAGCGGGCAGGCGAAGAGGGAGAUGUGUUUGAGGAAGAUACACACCUUUAAAAGAGGAGUCGGGUGUUUCUGAUUGCACUCUUGUUUGACUUAAGGGCCAUUUGGUGAGGGUGGCUCCUCAGGAACUUAUUUUUUCAGGUUUGGAAUGGAUCUGCCCAUCACGGUCCUGAGGCACCAUCACAGUCCUGCAGUCGGAAGGGCCACCCUGAGCAGAGUGGGUGGGGGGUGGGGCGUGUUUGUGUGUUGCUGUCAGUAGCGCCAAUGUUUAAUCACUUUUAAAUGCACUUGCUCUAGUUCUUUGGUAGGAGUGGAGGAUGGCCAGGUUUGAAAAAUAAAUGGUAUCAAGGCUUA